AUGGUUGACGAUGCUCAUCGCAAUGACAUGGUUGGUGAUGUUGAACGUGCUAUUCUGGAACAUAAAUUUGAUUCGGCCGAAGAUGGAGAAGAUUUCUACAAUGCGUAUGCUAAAGCCAAGGGAUUUAGUAUACGAAAAUCCAGAUUUAACACAAAUAAAGAGGGAAAGGUCGUUAGUAGGCUGUGGUUGUGUUCAAGGGAAGGUCAGAGAUUACCAAAAUACUUGGACCGUGUUGCUGAGAAGAGUAGAGCUCCCAAGGCACUAACAAGAGUAGGUUGCAAAGCCCAAUUUCGCAUACGGUACGAUGCAGAUGUUGGUGAAGGGGGAAAGUAUGUUGUGACUCACUUCGUCGCAGACCACAACCAUGAAUUGGCGGAACAACACUGUGUGAUGUAUCUGAGGUCACAUCGCAGUUUAAACAGCGCUGACAAAGCUCAAGCAAUGGCUAUGCGCAAUGUCGGUGUGAAGACUAGCCAAAUCAUGGACUAUAUGGUAAAUCAGUCCGGGUCUUAUGAGAAUGUUGGUUUCAUCCGUACGUAUCUGCACAACCAUAUUCAAGUCGAACGUAGAGCAGAAGUUGAGGAUGGUGAUGCGUAG